UCCUCUGUGACCUGACGCCGCCCCUGCUGCGCUCCGAGCCGUGCCCUGAGGCUGUGUUGGUCGGACCGGCCGGCAGUGGCCGCUGGAGAGGCGAGGGGAGCGGGUGUCUGGUGGCCGGGCCGGGUGGUGGGUGGCUGGGACAGUGGAGUCGGAGCGUGUGCUGGUCGGUGACGCUGGUGGAUAACGGGAGACGGAUGACUCGACGACAUGCUUCGAUCGCCAUCGGUGGUGGACGAGGGACGCCAUCGGUGAUGGACGAGGGACGCCAUCGGCGGUGGACGAGGGACGCCAUCGGUGGUGGACGAGGGACGCCAUCGGUGAUGGACGAGGGACGCCAUCGGUGGUGGACGAGGGACGCCAUCGGUGGUGGACGAGGGACGCCAUCGGUGGUGGACCGCCAUCGUCACCGCCGUCCUAACUGUACCAGAACAACAGCGGCGGACCGAGACAGCAGAGCGGCACCGGGCGGCCACUUCGGAACGGGGCGGUAUGAGAGGCGGAGAUGGCGCGCCCUCUGGUCCAGUCCAGAGCGCGGAGCGACCCACAGAACGAGGCGGAGCGCCCGCCGCUACAGAUGGCGCCACCGAGGCUGGCGAGCGACCUCCAGCAGCUGGCGCCGCCCUCGGUGGAGCUCACCGCGGGCACAGAUGGCAGCACCGUCGACUUAUGUCCGGGUUCAGUGCAUCUCGCCGCUGAGCCGCCGCCUUUUUCAUCCCAUCAACAUAGUUCGUACUUCGCAGUGCCCUCUGUGCAUCUCUCCCUUGGUAUAGAUGGCACCACCGUCGACUGGGUGCCGAUGCCUGCGUGACUCGUGUUGACCUGCCGCGUUCUCUGAAUCUGAGGCCUCAGCUCGCCUAGUGGGUGGUGUCUAUCUGCUAUAAGGGCUUAUAGUGUUAUGUUAUUAUGCCCGCUCACACACCCUGUCGUGGCGGAAACUCUCCCGUAUCGAAGUACUCGCGUCCCGAGAUCGUUGACACGUCUGCCCAUUGCAAGGCCGGUUGUCCCAACCGGUGCAUGUGUUGGCUGCAUUUUGUAUGUGCGACACGUGCGUUGACUGUAUAGCCAUACCUCGCCGACUGUUGUUGAAAUUAUGUUGAAAGUGUCGUCUAUUGUAUGCUGGAGUGAGCGUAUUUAGUCACCGCCCGCCGCUAAUCUAAACAUUUAGGGCGUUUGGUCGGAUGGUACACUGUCGCUGCCACGUGUGGGCACCGCAUGGCUGCCGCCUUUUCACUGUCAUCACCGUGUCGUUAUCCGCGCGAACGUUGAGAGCUUCAUGUUGAUGUGAUGCACGUCGUUGUUCGUUGUUUGGCAUUCGAUCAUUGAUCGUCACGAAAUAGUCAGGUUCUUUGUGACUCAGACCCCUGUGCUCCUGAUGUUUCCCGUGUAUGCAUGCCACCGAUCAAUGUAAGGCAUAGAAGAAUGAAUGUCGUGAAGAAAGCCUGUUUUAGGAUUGAUUUGAUGUGCGGGUGUUCAGCUACUCAGCCCUGCCCUUGGACCUGCCUGCUGGCAAUUGGUGCGUAGAUUGUCGAGUGUUAUGGCAAAUAAAUUGCUGAAAACCA